AUGUGUAAUAAAUCCCAUAGCGAAUUCUAUUCUAAGUUGGACAACUGGGUUAAACAGGAGAAAACUCGCAUUACAGUAUGUCAAUCAGUUCUCAAUAAAGCCUUUGAAACUUCUUGUCAAUCAGUAGCAGAUUUAAGAUUACGGAACUUGCAAAGCAUUAAUACUGCAUCAAUUGAGAUCAGCAGAACUUCUCUUGGAAGAUUAACGCACAGACAAAAUGGACAAAAUCAAAUGAGAUAUUCAAGAUUUCGCCUCCCAAGUAUCAAGCAACGUUUCCUUGCAGAAAUCGCUGACCUAAUUGUUAUCUUUGCUAUUAAGGUUCUAAUGAUUUACUUAUUGGUUGACGUUGAGAACUUUAAUGCAUUUCUCUAUUCACUUCCUCUGGAACUUGUUGAUUUACUUCCUGGUUAUCGCUUCGCUAAUCGAUUAAUCUCUCUUCCUUACGCAUAUUAUGAUGCUCUUCAACAAGGUGGAAAGUUUGAUUUCGAACGUUUUCAUAAAGAGGUUAUGUUCGGCAACCGAUUUGAAUCUGCGGGACUUUCUUAUUUGAUCAGCUCAGUCCUUUGGGUUAUAUUCGAGAUAUACCUUGUCAGCAAACCUGUGUUCGAUUUUGGUCCGGGAGGCUGCUCAUUUGGAAAAUAUCUACUAAAUCUCAGAAUUCUUUCCUACAAUCAUCGGGUGAAUCUGCCUGGUGCUGUGGAUUUAAAUCCCGCCGCUAAUCCUGGAGUGUUUAGGGCCAUGGUUAGAGCGGCGCUCAAAAAUACGGGCAUAUCGAUAUGGUCACCACUUCUGCAAAUUGUUUUUAAUGACGAUCCUGUGUGGUGUUAUGAUGUCUUGGCUGGAACAGUUGUUGUACAACUCCCUGAAUUGGAGCUCCCAGAGUGA